GUUCGGGAUCCGUUUGACCUUGGUUGUUGCACAACUGUUGCUUUAGGUUGUGCAAUACAUUUCCAAACUUUCUUUAUGUGUAAAUUAUAAAGUUAAUGUCGUCAUCUCGAGCUGCCUCUGCUAUUAAAGAAGUAAUCAACUUCAAAAAUGCUAAGAGGACGUCUUUCUUCCUCAUGAUAAUGAUAUCAAUAUAUCAUGGCUUUCUGAUGACAAAAUCUGGUGGUAAUUUGUGCAAGUCUCUACUGAGUGAUGGAAGAUCAGGGCCUGGUGGAGAAUUUCGGCCCUACAGUUGUAUGAUACAUACUUACUCAUCAAGAGACAGUCAUAAAUGUUUUAAAAGACUUGCGCCUUGGGGUAAUGUGGUCCGACUCUAUUUUGUUGGAGAUUCACGACUUAAAAAGCUAUUUAAUGCUUUUGUUUAUCACAUAAAUGAUGAAAUUGUUGGAGAAAAUACUACAUCAGAAGCAAGCAUUUCAAAUAACUCUCAGUAUGUUGCGGGAGAAGUCGACUUACGAUUUUUCUAUCAUGAUGAAAUUACAGAUGAUACACUAGAACUAGUCAAGUCAUGGAUCGGCUCUACAAAUUUAUCCAAUGUUACUGAGUCUAAUAUACGAAACAAAAAUAAUGACAUUUCUACACCUACUCACUUGAUAAUCUCUAUGGGCACAAAAACAAUACAACAUUAUAAUAGAUCCGAAGAUGGUCUUUUAGAAUAUAUGAACGGUGUUAAACGUCUUACUAGUGUUUUAGAAGAAUUGAAAUUCUCACGGUGCGUAUGGAUGCUACAAGACCCUGUUGCAGAAAGUCUUUUAUCUAAAGAGUUGAAAAUAAUUACAAAUGAUUUGAUCGAUAAAUAUAAUGAAUUUGCAUCAACAGCUAUGAAAUCUGUUAGUGGUGUAGAAAUAUGGAGUUCAAAUCGUUUAAUUGCCCUUAAAGUUGGUUUCCCAGCUAUAAAUUGGAAUUGUCGUCAAUUACAAAUGUUAUCUACAAGUAAUUCAGAUAAAAUGGCAUCGGCAACAUCUAUAUUAGAUUAUAAAGAAGGUAGGGCAAAGAAUAAUGUCUGCUUAGAAAUGCCCACACUUUCAGAUGGAUAUCAUGUCUCAGAUAAAGCUAUGAAAGAGAAUGUACAAAUUCUAUUAAAUUUGUAUUGUAAUAAUCAAAUGAAAUUCUCUGACGGUACUUGUUGUCGUGGUUCUGAGCCAAUUACACCUGUACAAGAAAAAUGUUUUAUAUUUUACGCUAUUUGUGUGUUAAGUACUUUACUUUGUUUUCUGCACAAUCAAUUUAUUUCUCGUGGUAAGCCAUGUACACAAGUGAUAAAUUUUCGUAGAAUAUUUUUAUUUUUUCGUAAAACGGCUGAAGCGCAACCAUAUGUCCCAGUGGAAAGUGAACCUGAUGGUGAUAAUGGUGAUAAUGAGAAUAAUAAUAAUACUGAUACAACCAGUUCAUUAUUUGUGGAAUUUUAUGAACUAACUAGUGCUCUGUCCAAAUUUGGUGCUAUUAUGAUGUAUUUCUUUAUAUGUGACAGAACAAUACUAUUCAUGAAGGCCAAUAAACGUUAUACAAAUUUGAGCUUUUUUCUGCCGAUUAUCUAUUGCUUCGUGUUAGGUUUAUUCUUUAGUGGACCAACUAAACGAUCUCAAGUAAAUCAUUUGGAUAUAACACGUGAAUGGAAAGGAUGGAUGCAAUUAUAUCUUCUAAUUUAUCAUUUUACUGAUUCUUAUAGAGUAACUCCGAUUUUCAUGUCAGCUCGUCUUGUUGUAUCGAGUUAUCUGUUUCUGUCAGGAUAUGGACAUUUUUGUUAUUUUUGGCGUAAACCUGUACCACAAAUUAAUUGGUUAAAAUUAUUGAAUUAUCGUCGUUGCUCCAGAGAAUUCUGCAGUGCAUGGAAAGCAUUAUGGCAAAUUUUACAUCGAUAUUUAAUUGUUAUUUAUCGUUUUAAUUUCUUCGUCUUUGGAUUAUGUCUAGUUAUGAAUCGCGGUUAUUUAGCUUAUUAUUUUAUUCCAUUAGUAUCAUUUUGGUUUACUGUUACAAUGAUUGUUUGUGUUAUAUUCCCUCGUGUAUCUGGUCAAAAAGUAUCUGAAAAUCAAAAUAAUCGGGAUAAUAUCGAUUGUAAUGAUAACAACAGUAAUCAUAAUAAUAAUAAUGCUCUUUCUACUCAUGCUAACAAUGUUAACAACAUGACUACUACUCCUAUUCCUUCUACAACUGCAUCUACAAGUAUCCCGUCUAACGCAACUGCCACUUCUACCGCUACAACUAAUAACUCCUACAACUACAAUCGUAACCGUUAUUUCAAUCACCAAUACUUUACUACUAACUACGAGGAAUAUCCACCUAAUCAUCAAUAUAUAGAAUCAGAUGAUGAAAUUUAUUCCCAUCAAUCUCCAAGACGAUCUAGCCUGAACAUGAAUAAAUCAUUCCUGUUACCCACCUCAUCGCCAUCAUCCCUGCUGUCAUCAACAGAUACAGUAAUUGGUGAAAUAUCUGAUUAUAUUCCAUGUCAUUCUUCAUCUUCACGUAAAUUAACGGCACCAAUUAAUUAUAAUUUACAUAAGGGUCAUUAUAAAGCGUUAUCACUCGGUACAGGAUUUGAUCUUUGUCAAAAUUAUUCUCUUACUACUACUGAUACUGAUAGUUCUGUUCCUUGUAAUCCUCAAUUUUGUCAUUAUCAAGCCAAUCAAAAACUUGUUGGACAUCGAUUACAUCGCUCCGUUGUUAAGUCACGUGGACGUCUUGGUCCACCGUUAACAGAAGAUUUAAUUCGUAAAUUUCAAUGCAUUGUUUUACCAUUAAAAAAGAAGAUAUCACCAGCAACAUCGUCGACACUGAGCGCAACAACAACAAUAACCACGAAUAAAAAGCGAAUGGUAAUCAUGAACCAGAAAUUAAAACAGCCAUUGGAUUCUACUACUAAUACUACUAUUAUUACUACUUCUACUACUAAUAAAUGUCGUCGAUAUUUCAAAUCAAUAUGUUUCAUUCAUUGUAGUCGUAUACGAUUGACUUACGUAUUAAUGAUAAUAAAAUUUAUUGGUUUAAUAUGUUUUAUCGAAUCAUUGUAUCGUUCAAGAGGAUUCUUUCAUUGGUUAUUCUUCUCAGGACCACAAAAGUAUAUAUUUCAAUAUCAUCGUGAGUAUACACCAGCACAGAAAGAUGUUACCAAUAAUGAUGAAAAAAUAUGGUUUUUUCGUUGGUCAAUCGAUCGUUAUUCGGCUGUUUACGGUAUGAUAUUUGCCUUCCUGUGCGAAUCCCUACGACAAAUUGGAGUAUUAGAAGAUACCGUUGAUGAUAACAGCGGUGAUAAUUAUGCUGUCACUGGUUAUCUACAAGGCAUUAAGCAGUCGGAUGAAAUUCGUUAUUCUCGAUUACCACUGAGUAGUAAGAAUUACAAUCUUACUACCACUGUCGCUACCAAUAAUAAUGAUGAUAAUCAUAGUAGUGAUGUCAAUAAUCAUAAAAUUAACAAUGAUGACAUGGAUACUGAUUAUCAUAAACGACUUCAAAAAGCUAAUCAUAAAACAUUCCAUUGUCAGAAUGAUUACAAUGAUGAGUCUUAUGAAUACUUAAAUCAUUCAACAUCUUAUGAAAUCAAACAUUAUGAUAACAUUUUCAAUUCAACUGUUCAAUAUUCAAAUCAUUUGCAAAAACCAAUGAAUAGUACUAACAAUUUAUCAUCGUCGUCAUCAUCAUCCACAUUAUUGAGUCAUUUGAAUGAACAUAACGAAAUUUCUUAUUUCUCUAUGCUUAUAUACAAAUGUUUCUCACCGUUAGGUUUAACCGUAUUAGGCACAAUUGGUCUAAUGUUUUCUUGCAUAUAUGUAUUUGCCUGUUCGAAUCGAGAAACAUGUUUACAUAUCCACGCAUAUAUGUGUCUCAUUCCUAUAAUAUCGUAUAUUCUGGUGAGAAAUAGUUUCAGUUCAUUACGUAAAAUAUAUAGUAUAUUCUUUGCUUGGAUUGGUGAUAUGUCAUUGGAAUUAUUUAUUGCUCAAUAUCAUAUUUGGUUAUCAGCCGAUGCUUAUGGUAUACUUGUUCUAUUACCAGGUUUUCCAUUGAUCAACUUAACUUUGACAUCAUUUAUUUUUAUAUGUAUAUGUCAUGAAGUGCAUAUAUUAACACGUCGAUUACAAAAUUACAUUAUUCCUAAUUGCCCUUUAAAACUUGUUCGUAAUAUUUUAAUUUUUACAUUAGUAUUUCAUUUAAUUACUAAUUCAACAUUACAAAUGAUUCAAUGGGAUUUUUCUUAAUUAUUAUCAUUAUGUUGUAUUUCUAAAAUAAUUCCAUUUUUGCAUACUUUAUUUAAAUGUUUUUUGAAUUGGUUCCAUUGUAUAUUGUUGUUUGUUUUUUCUAGUUUUUCAUGGUGCAUUCAUUCUUUAUAGAUAUAUUAUUUUAUUUGACAUUAACAUUUUUCCUCAUAUGUUUUACUUCAUCUAAUACAAUCAUACAAGUGUACAAAUGCAUAUGUAUAAAUGAAAAGACUAGUGAGACUAUAAUUUAUGGACAACCUUUGAGCGAUGCUAGACUACUGACCUUAAGAGUAUCCACUUAAUAACCAGGACCAAAUGAAGAUUAUAAACCUGUGUAAAGAAUUAUAAUUAUAAUUUACAGUUGAUGAUUAAGCUUAGGAAUUAAAUUUCGAGUUUUCAUCAUGAAUUGACAUCAGCUAUAAUGCCGAAACUCUAUUUAUCCGAAUGGAUGAGUGAAUUUCACGCCAACAUCUGAGACCUGUUAUCUUAUACGUGAUUGGUUCGUCCAUAAAUUUAGUCUCCCUAAGACUGUUUUAAUGUUAGUCGAUUUUUUUUCUUUUUCUGCCGAUUAAACAGUAUAUUUGAUCUCAGUUUAUAUUAAUACUAUUGUUUAUUAUUAUUGGUAAAGAUCUUGAAGAAAUCGCGCCACUUGUUCUUAUGAUCGAAAUUCUGUGAUAUGUUAUUGAGCAAUCACCAAUGGUAAUUUUAGUACUACAUAUCGAUUUUAAAAAUGAUUUUCUCAUUUCUUUGUCAGUUGCUGUCUUUCUACUUUUCAAAUUACAUAUUACCUUAUGUAACAAUAGAGACCAGGUCAUAAUUGAAAAUGAAUAUAAAAUCUAUGAUAGAAAAACGUCACAAAAGCUAAGAUGAUUUUCUUACUUGUCAUAUAGUUUUUAAAUCUGUACAUUCAUAUUAAUACCAUAUAGAAAAUAAUAAUAAUGACUUCUAUAAAAUUACUGAGUAAUAAAAAGUGGUUGCUCGGUAAUUGUUACAUUUUAUAAUUUACACCACGAACUAACUUUCGUUUGACAACACGUAACAACCAAAAAGCACGAGACAGCUGGUUUUUCCAGGUAUUUGACUCAUCAACAGUGUCCAAUCACAAUCCCACAGAGGAUAUUCAGGUCCCACAUCGAGCACUUAGCCUUUGAACUACCGAGUCAAUACCCAAUGACUUAUGAUUCUAACUCCAAUCAAUUAGCGAUAUUGCGCAGUAACUUUGCAUUGUCUGCAGUGGAUGGCUGCCUUACACCUAGCAUGUUUGAACUCUACUACUUUUUGCUUUUCCCUAGGACUCCUGGAAUUACAUCUCAAAAUUAGUCACCAGUGAACAUAUGGUUAUUAUUAUUUGAUGGCGAUCUAAUCGAAAACAAUUGUUCGCUUAUGUGUUGUUCUAAUUUGUGUAAAUUGUUGCAUUUUGCAGUUUACACCACAAACUGACCUUAGAUUACCAUUGAAAAUGUCCUGCAUUCGAUUUCGGAUAGGAUAGUGAAUGCUCACUCUCAGGGGGUUUCAUAUUACAACGAAAUAGCUAUUCAGUGUUUCAUGGUCUUCGGUGGUUAUUUGAGUGAGGCCAGUUCGUGAUAAAACUAUGAAAAACAGUAGAUAAGAGCAAUAAAGUGUCACCUGGUAGAAAGCUAUUGUUCACAAUCCAUUUAAAUCAUCUUGUUAAACUUAUGAUUGCAAAAGUUAAGUGUGAUUCAUAGAAAGAUUAACAUAUAAACACGUCAAUUGUGUUUCAAUAGCCUAUCAAAAAGGAUACACCACAAUGGUUUGAAAUGAUAGUAUUGUGGAGGAAAAGUAAGAAAUGAAUAAUCAAUGAACAUAAAUGCAAAAAGUAGUAUUAUUUGGGAAAUACAAUUGAGUUUGGAAAGCAAUAAGAAUAAUGCUAUAACUUCAUCAAGGUUCACUCAAAUUGACAUAUACCACUAGUCAUAAAUUGAUUUCAUCUACAUUGCCAACACUUUAACGGAGGUUUUGUAGUCCGAUGUACAGAAAUUCUGUAUCAGUAGUGGCAAAUGAACAAUUAGUCUCGGGAAAUGACUAAGGAAGACAUAUUUUUUUCUCCUACUAUUUCUUGGCUAUCCAAGAUAAACUCUAGAAACAUUUUUAUGAACCUUAUAUACAAUCGAUGUAAUGUUAAGGUAUUAUCUCAUCAAUUAAGCAUUACUGAACUAGGUAGGUAUCUGGCUUUUUUUCUAAAGAAUCUCCGCCGACAACACAUUUCUACUUCGGAUAGAGGUUGAGUGCAUUUUGUGGUUUAUAUUGAUUUCAAGUUAGACAUGUACACCACUAGAUGCCGGACCAACGGUCUAAAGGUUAAGCGCUUGCCAUGUGACCUGAAGGUCCUGGGUUCGAUCUUUGGUGGGGCUGUGGAUGAACACUGCUGAGGAGCAUCAAACGAGGACGAAACACCUACCCGACGCUUACUGGUUUUCAGUGGUUGUCUAACGAAGGUCAGUUUGUGAUAUAACCUAAAACAAAGAUAUAUUACAAUAGCUACCGUUUUAAAGUAUCUAUAACAGAACUGAUUUGUAUGAACUUAAUAAUCAAUCAGAUUGGGCAACAUUACAACAUUUUAAGUAUGAAACGUGACAGAGAUAAGAAUACCUGGAAGCAAAAGAAGUCGAGAACUCAAAAAUUUAAAAUUGGGAGAAAAUAUGUGUUCAGACAGCUGCGAAUUUGCUUUACCUAGACUAAACACUCCUCCCAGUUUAUACAAAAAGCAAGCAAAGCCACAAAUUUCUACGAAAUUAAAAGACAAGUUGCGAAUAUUCGGUCGUAACUCCCUUUAGAAAGUUCCUCUUGUAUUUUAUAAUGAGCCUAUGUAGAGUAAUUCAGUUCAGCCGUAAAAAGUCAUGAAUACUUUCCACAGUCAAAUGUAGGACGUAUGUAGGGACGAAAUCAAUGGACAAUGUAUAACUCCAAUAGAAAGUUCUACAAACCAAUAGGUCCCACCCACCAAUGGUUUACCUGGCUUAAUACUCCCUUGCUAUUUGUACCACGACCAUAAGGCACCGAUUGUCGUGGAUGUAUGACGGUCAUUAGGUGGGUUCAAAAAUACCGCCCCGAUUAACUAAGGAAGGUUAUAAUUAGGUUUGUAGGGAACGUAAUUAUAGAAUUCCCUGUCGAUACGAGCCAUCCAAUCAAAACAGAUUUAUCGUUUGAAAUCCUCUACAACAUGAACAGAGAUCUACCAAAAGGCAGUCCUUUUCAUCUUUGUACUGCCGAACUCCGCACAAUAGACAACAAUGUAUCUAGAUGAAACUUAUUUGACUUCUUAUCAUGGACUUGACCUAUAAAAUUUGAAAAUUCCUUUACAUUUCAUCUGUUAAAUUUGUAAAGCAUCCUAUUUGAUUCGCUCUUGUUUACACACUCUUUACCAUUAC